AUGGGUUGUGGAAGUUCAACGCCGGAAGAAAAAGUUUCGAAGCAAAGCAUAGAAACAGCUCCAAAAGCAGAACAGCUAAAGCCCGCACCAGCACAAAAUCAGCCUAAAAAAGAAGAUUCAACUCCAAAACCCGCUCCACCACCACCGGCAAAUCCACAACCAGAGCCACCAAAACAAGCUGCUCCAACACCUCAACCGGAACCAAAGCCAGAACCAACUCCAGCACCACCACCAAAACCACAACAAGAAAAAAUUGUUACAAAAGGUGUCAAAGAUGACUCUGGAGAUGCUUAUGGCCUUCUCCUUUGCGGUGCUGGUGAAUCUGGUAAGACAACAUUCACAAGACAAUUACGUAUUAAAUAUUUAGACGAAUUUACUUCAUCAGAGCGCCAAAACUUCGUAGCUACAAUGCGCGGAAAUAUGAUUGAAGCAAUGCAAACACUCCUUGUCUGGCUUGAGCGCCAGCGGCUCGAGCUAGAAAACGAAGAUCUUCAAGAUCUUGCUUAUGAGAUUUCCCAGAUGGACGCAUUCAGCUGCGAAUUCACUGAGGAAAUUGCUGAGCAGCUCAAGGAAUUGUGGCAGGAUGGCUCGAUUCAAGAGGCAUUCAGCCACAAAGACGAAACAAUUAUUCCCGAUCAUAUGGACUACUUCUUCAACAAAAUCGACAAAAUUGUUCAGGAGGACUUCCAACCAUCCGAUGAGGAUAUCUUAAAGGCACGUAUUCGUACAAUUGGCAUCGAUAAAGUCACAAUUAACUGUGAUGAUGCUUUAAUUAGAAUUUACGAUGUUGGUGGUCAGAAAUCAGAACGUUCUAAGUGGGAGAAAUGCAUGAGCGAGGUCCAGGGUGUUAUUUUCUGCGUUUCAUUCGCUGAAUUUGAUAAACCUAUGUUCGAAUCUCCAGAAAUACCUCGUAUUCAGGAUGCUCUCUCUAUUUUCGAACAAGUUACUCAUAAGGAGAAAUUCCAGAACGCUCCUUUCUUCGUACUUUGUAAUAAAUACGAUGCAUUCUCAGAUCGCAUUAAGAAUACAGACGCUUUCUCAAAGACAUUCCCACAGUACCAGGGUAACCCGCAUGACCCAGAUGAGUGCGCUAAGUUCAUGACAGAGCUCUUCUUAGAAAAGGCAAGGCCAGAUGUAGCUACUCGACCAAUUAAUACAUAUAAACUUAUCGCACUUGAUAGCGAUAAUGUUGUCCAAACUACUAACCAGAUUUGCAAAUACAUUCGCGAACACUAUUUUGAAUAA